UGCGUGAGCGUCACGUAGCCGUCGGCCACGUUCAGCGGAGACGGGAGCAAGAUGGCGAUUCCGGGCAGGCAGUAUGGGCUUAUUUUGCCAAAGAAAGCACAGCAGUUGCACCCUGUUUUGCAAAAACCAUCAGUGUUUGGGAAUGAUUCUGAUGAUGAUGAUGAGACCUCCGUGAGUGAAAGCCUUCAGAGGGAAGCUGCUAAGAAGCAAGCAAUGAAACAGACCAAACUAGAAAUCCAGAAGGCCCUUGCAGAAGAUUCCACUGUAUAUGAAUAUGACAGUAUUUAUGAUGAAAUGCAGAAAAAAAGGGAGGAAAAUAAUCCCAAAUUGCUUUUGGGAAAAGACCGAAAGCCCAAGUAUAUUCACAACUUACUAAAAGCAGUUGAGAUCAGAAAAAAGGAACAGGAAAAGAGAAUGGAAAAGAAAAUACAGAGAGAACGAGAGAUGGAGAAGGGAGAGUUUGAUGAUAAGGAGGCAUUUGUGACAUCUGCUUAUAAGAAAAAACUGCAAGAGAGAGCUGAAGAGGAAGAAAGAGAAAAAAGGGCUGCUGCACUUGAAGCCCGUUUGGAUGUAACCAAGCAGAAAGAUCUCAGUGGAUUUUAUAGACACCUGUUAAAUCAAGCAGUUGGUGAAGAGGAAGUACCUACAUGCAGCUUUCGUGAAGCCAGGUCUGGAAUAAAGGAAGAGAAAUCAAGGGGUUAUUCUGAUGAAGUAAGUUCAGAGAACAGAAUACCACAUGAGAAAUGCAUUCUCCAAACUGUUGUGCAAGUAGAGGAAAACCCAGAUGCAGAUAGCGACUUUGAUGUUAAUAGCAGUGAGGAUGAUGAAAUGGAAGAAAAUAAAAAAGCAAACGCAAGAAGGGAGAGGGUCACAGAGACCUCCAAGAGUGACUCUAAACAUCAGAGGAAUCAAAUCCACUCACAGUCUUCUAGUGAAGAAAGAGAGCAUAGUACCAAAUGCCACACAAAAAGGUCCAAGUCAAGAGUUCAUGAGAAAAGGGAAGAUCAGCACCAAGAGAGACAAUCCAGGGAUCAUGAGAACUAUUACAAUGACCGUGAUUACCGAAAAGAAAAGAAGGAUUCCCAUAGGCACCGAGAAGCCAGCCAUAGAGAUUCCCACUGGAAGAGGCAUGAACAAGAAGAUAAACUGAGGGGAAGAGACCAAAGAGAAAGAAAUGACAGAGAUUGGAAAAGGGAGAAAGACAGGGAGAAAUAUUCCCCAAGAGAACAAGAAAGAGAGAGACAACGAAAUAAUCAUGAUCGAUACAGUGAGAAAGGAGGAGAGAAGGAAGAGAAAAGCAAAGAAGAGCAUGUGAAAGCAAGGAAAGAAAGAUAUGAAAACAGUGAUAAGUACAGACAUAGAGAACAACGAGAAAUAAGUAUUCAGUCUUCAGAAAGAAACCGAGAGAAAAAAGAAAGCAGCCCAAAUUCUAGGGCAAAGGAUAGGUUUCUUGACCAGGAAAAAUCCAAUAAAAUGAGAAACAUGGACAAAGAAAGAAACCCAGAGAAACCCUCCAGUUCUGAAACAUCAGUAGGAGCAAAACAUAGACUCACAGAGGAAUACCAAGAGAUGGGCAAAGAACAAGAGGGACCACAUGAAGUGGGGAACAAGUUUGCAAAGCGAAAUAAUGAAGAAACUGUAAUGUCGGCUAGAGAUAGGUACCUGGCCAGGCAGAUGGCACGGGUUAAUGCAAAGACAUAUAUUGAGAAAGAAGAUGAUUGA